CAGGAUAAAAUCUCCCGGCAGAGCUCAGAGUCAGCAAUGGCUAAGCCCCAAGUGGUUGUGGCUCCUGUGUUAAUGUCUAAGCUGUCUGCCAACACCCCCGAAUUUUACCCACCAGGUUAUUCUGCUUAUACAGAAUCCUAUGAGGAUGGUUGUGAAGACUGUCCUACUCUGUCAGACUAUGUUCAGGAGUUUUUUUUUUAAUCAUCUUACAUAGCAACCUGCAGUUUUGAAACUGAAAUUGAACAGUUUGCAGAGAUCCUGAAUGACUGGGUUACAACAGAUGAUGCUUUGCAAGAACCUGUGGAACUCAUCUAUCAGCAAGCCACAUGUAUCCCAAAUUUCUCUUACAUGGGAGCUUGCCUGUGUAAUUACCUGGCCCAUCAUCUGACAAUUAGUCCACAGAGUAGCAACUUCCGCCAAUUGCUACUUCAAAGAUGCCGGACUGAAUAUGAAGUUUAAGAUCAAGCUGCAAAAGAGGAUGAAGUGACUUGGAAAUGGUUUCAUGUAUUUGUACUCUUUCUGGGAGGACUUUAUCUUAACCUGGAGAUCAGUGGAAGCAAUGGACAGGUUGCAAGAGCAGAUAUUCUUCAAGUUGGUCUGUGUGAAUUGCUGAACUCUCUCUUCUCUAAUCCAAUGGAUGAAAACUUAAUUUGUGCAGUAAAAUUACUAAAGUUGACAGGGUCAGUUCUGGAAGAUGCUUGGAAAGAAAAAUUAAAGACUGAUAUGGAAGAUAUUACUCAGAGAAUUGAAAAUGUCCUAGAUACAAACUACAGCAGAGAUGUAAAACAGAUGCUCUUGAAGCUUGUAGAACUCCAGUCAAGUAAUUGGGGUAGAGUCCAUGCAACUUUGGCAUACAGAGAAGCAACACCUGAAAAUGAUCCUAACUACUUUAUGAAUGAACCAACAUUUUAUACAUCUGAUGGUGUUCCUUUCACUGCAGCUGAUCCAGAUUACCAAGAGAAAUAUCAAGAGUCACUUGAAAUAGGAGUUUUUCCAGAUUAUGAAGAAAAUGGAAAAGAUUUAUCAAGGGCUGGUGAUCCAUACUUGGAUGAUAUUGAUGAUGAGAUGGACCCAGAGAUUGAAGCUUAUGAAAAAUUUUUUUUGGAAUCAGAGCAUAAGUCAAAACAGUAA